CCCUCCCCUUUUCUUUUGCUUGCCGUACGCGCUCCCUCCCCGACCCGGCGCAAAAUCAGGAAGUCGUCGAAUCCAUCGGGUACCGGACCCUCCUGGCCCCCACACUCCUCCCCGCCCCCGGACUCAAGUUGAACUCCGUCUCAGCUCGGCUCAGCACGGCUCGGCUCACCCCUCGGCGGCCUCCAAGUGCGGCGGCGGCUGCGAGACGCGCGGAGCCACGGCUAGCUCCUCGGCUAGUCUGGGCGUCAGUUCCCCGAGUUGUCUUGAUUCGUUUGGGCGCAAAAUGUCCACCAAAGAGUACAAAGUAUCCACCACGGAACGGCCCAUUAAAGCGGUGCCAUACCCACCGGGGACGCGUCUGUCGGUGACGGAGCUAUACACGGAUGGGAAGCCUAACGUGGACGUGCUGAAGGCGCACCUGCUGAAGGAAGGACGCCUGGAGGAGGAGGCGGCCCUGCGCGUCAUCAACGAGGCCACCGCCAUCCUGCGUCAGGAGACCUGCAUGCUGGAUGUGGACGCGCCCGUCACAGUAUGUGGCGACGUGCACGGCCAGUUCUUCGACCUGAUGAAGCUUUUCGAGGUGGGCGGCUCCCCCGGCAGCACCCGCUACCUGUUCCUGGGCGACUACGUGGACAGGGGCUACUUCAGCAUGGAGUGCGUCUUGUUCCUGUGGGCUCUGAAGAUCAACCACCCGGACACGCUGUUCCUGCUCAGGGGAAACCACGAGUGUCGACACCUCACAGAGUACUUCACCUUUAAACACGAGUGCAAGAUGAAGUACUCGGAUUGUGUGUACGAGGCGUGCAUGGAGUCUUUCGACUGCCUCCCUCUGGCGGCCUUGCUCAACCAGCAGUUUUUGUGCGUCCACGGGGGUCUGAGUCCUGAGAUCGGCAGUCUGGACGACAUUCGCAAGCUGGAGCGCUUCAAAGAGCCGCCGGCCUUCGGGCCCAUGUGCGACCUGUUGUGGGCCGACCCCGGCGAGGACUACGGCACAGAGAAGAACCGGGACCACUUUAGCCACAACAGCGUGAGGGGCUGCUCUUACUUCUACAGCUACGCCGCCGUCUGUGACUUCCUGAUGAACAACAACCUGCUGUCUGUCAUCCGGGCGCACGAGGCGCAGGACGCCGGUUACCGCAUGUACAGGAAGAGCCAGACGACGGGCUUCCCGUCCCUCAUCACCAUCUUCUCCGCUCCAAACUACUUGGACGUGUACAACAACAAAGCUGCCGUGUUGAAGUACGAGAACAACGUGAUGAACAUCCGUCAGUUCAACUGCUCGCCACAUCCUUACUGGCUGCCCAACUUCAUGGACGUCUUUACGUGGUCGCUGCCUUUUGUCGGAGAGAAAGUGACGGAGAUGCUGGUCAACGUGUUGAACAUCUGCUCCGACGACGAGCUCAUGACGGACGCCGACGACGCAGGAGAAGGUGCCGCUCGCGACUCACAAUGGCCUCUGAGUAAAAGACUCAAAGCAUUUCCCCUUGCAGGCGGCGCCCCCGCUGUCCGGAAGGAAGUCAUCCGGAACAAGAUCCGUGCCAUCGGGAAGAUGGCCCGAGUCUUCUCUGUGCUCAGAGAGGAGAACGAGAGCGUGCUGCAGCUCAAAGGCUUAACGCCGUCCGGAACGUUGCCGCUUGGCGUGUUGUCGGGAGGCCGGCGCACCCUGCAGAGCGCCACGGAGGAGGCGGAGGAAGCCGGAGGCGGCGACAACGACUUCAAGCCGCCGCCGCGUAGGAUCCAAAGUUUUGAGGAGGCGCGAGGCCUGGACCGCAUCAACGAGAGGAUGCCGCCGAGACGAGAUGGGCCCCGGGCCGCGCCGCUUGGUGACAGCGGAACGGACGAGGCUUAGCCCCUGGAAUCUUGCCCCACCCCACCACACACACAGAGUCACACACACAGAGUCACACACAGAGUCACACACACACAGAGUCACACACACACACACACAGAGUCACACACACAGAGUCACACACUUCCUCAUCCACGCUCGGACGCCGGCGGUGGACUUUUUGGUUUGCACCGGCAUAUGCGGUUUACAUCCUCAAUAAACAAGGCUAAAGCGCUU